UACUAAACCCACAACAGUAAAAUCAGUCUGUAUAUGCAGUAAAGCAUGCUUGUUAUACUCACUGUGGAAUUUAGGGGUUAAUCCUCUGCAUUGUGUAAAAAAGGAUGUUUGAUCCUGUCUUCUCUAAUCCUUCCAUUUUUCCAGGUUCCCUAUUUCAUCUCCCGGUAGAACACAGCCUCGAGGACACUCUGCACAUGCUCAGUUUGAUGUGUACUGCUAGAGUUUUUUUUUUUUUUUCUUGGGAGAGAGCAUGUGAUCAACACAAGGCCAAUCAGCACUGUCCAGACAGAGGGUCAGGG